CAGCCUUCAGGGCGGAUGGACAGCAGCGGUGGGGCUGCGGUGUCCGGGUACGGCGAGGAGGGCGAAGAGGAGCGGCGGGAAGGGGACGCUGUGACAAGGCAGGGGUCUAGUCUGCCCCCCAUUGCGGGCGGCGCCCCGCAGAUGACCAAAAGGAAGGUGAAGAAGAAAAAGAAGAAGAAAAAGACCAAGGGGUCGGGCAAAGGAGAGGAUAAACAGCAAAGACGAGACCUGAAGAGCCAACCACCUCCUUCAUUCUCUCAGGACAUCCUGAAUUCGAGCAGAGACCACAGCCUGAAGCUGGAGCACAAACAGGACAAAGAGGACGUGCUCUUGUGCCCCUCCAUGACAAGCCUCCCCCACUCCGCCGAAGUGGAAGAGAACCUUUCUAAUCAGAUCAACAAAAGCCUGCGCUGGGAUGGGAUUCUAGCAGACCCAGAGGCAGAAAAGGAAAGGAUUCGCGUCUAUAAAGUGAACCGGAGGAAGCGGUACCGGAUUUUGGCCCUCAAGGCCUUGCACUCGGACCAGGCUGCAGAGGAGACCGUGGAGAACCUGCCCUACCUCUCAGAGAGGGACAGCAGGCCACCCCCUUCUCAAGGCCAACCACUCACGCCACUUCUUUGA